GGACGGCGGAGAUGAGUGAAUCCCAGCCAGUCAACGAGACGUCAGUACGGAUGAUAUCAAAUGUCAACUUGCAUCCCCACACAAUUUCAGGCGGUGGCUCAAUUCAAGGCAGGUUAUGCAGUAUACGAAUAAUUUAAGUGUCUGGGGUGCUUCUUGAACGUCCGCAAUCCCGCAAUAAAAAGGGAGCCCAGCUCCACAGUGAAUCACACUUCUCGUCCAAGUUGAACCAUCACCACCAUCAUCUGCAAGGAUCUAGGAGAAUGUUGGGCAAUCAAAAAGGUUUUUCAACCGCUGUCGUCUUAUUGGCGGUCGUGUCUCUGCUGAGCUGCUGCGGCCUGGCGUCCAGUUUCGCCUUCCUCCCUCGCGUCUCUCGUACAAAAGAUGCCAUCAUCAUCAAUUUUGCCGAUGUAGAGUCUGCUCCCUCAAGUCAAGCCAAGUCGUUGAAUGACCAAAUUGCCGAUCCAGCAUUCGUCCAGGUGCCAUCCUUCAAUCCUCACCCAAUGACGUUUCGCCAGCAGCAACAGCAGCCCAGUGGAUGGUCCUAUUCAUUCGGACAUCCUAGUCCCAUUGCAUUUGAAGAUGCCUGGUUCAGCAGUAGACAAUUAUCACAAGUCGAUGAGCAGCAGGCGGUAGAAGAGGUAGACCUAAAACAAAGUGUCGCUCCAGCGUGUGGCCGUGGGCCUACCACUUUUCCCACCACAAGGGCAUCGAUAAGCGAAAGGAUCGCUGGCGGGAUCAAUGCCAAGAAGAAUGCUUGGCCUUUCAUGGUAGCUCUGUUACUUGAAGGGGUCAUGUAUUGUGGUGGAACUUUAAUAAGCGACACCAAAGUUCUAUUGGCGGCUCAGUGCCUGGAACGAAUGCCUUUGCAUUACAUGUCGUUAUUGACUGUAUCGGUUGGAUUGCAUUCCGUGCUGCCGUUAGACGCCCCAUUGACGAGAAGAAUCAAUAAAGCUGUUCUUCACAACAAUUUCAAUGCUGCCAACUAUACCAAUGAUAUAGCCAUCAUAACGUUGGACGCACCUGUGACAUUUACCAGGACUAUUACACCCGUUUGUUUGCCACCGGCCAGCUCAGACCCAGACCAAUACGCGGACCAAUCAGCUGUUAUUUUGGGGUGGGAUAAACCUGAUAACGCCGUCCUUCAACAAGGCACAGUUUCAAUUUCGUCCAAUUCCGAAUGUAGGAUGGAUCCAGCCAUUGGACAAUAUGUUUCCGACGCGUCUAUCUGCGUGACUUCAACUACCAAAUUCACGUGCACAAAGGACAUUGGGGGUCCAGUAGUUGUCUUGUCCUCGCCAGGUGUUUGGACUCAAGUCGGAAUCAACAGCUACACCAAGGAUGACUGCGCUUCCCCUGGCCUUAAAACUCGAGUGUCGGCGUUGAGGGCGUGGAUUAACACAUACAUGAAAUGAAAAUCAACCGCAAGGAUAACAACGACGAGCAAAUGAAAUAAUGAAAACCACAUUGUGAGAUUCGAGUUCUUCAUUGUAGUUAUUGUAGUGAAUUACUUUUGGUUUUGCUGACUAAUAUUAAAGCUACGCACCAUAAA